GUUCACUGCGGUCGUGGGCACUUGGUUUCCAAACUUCUAUUCCGUCUUUUUCUCUCUGCUUCUUUGAUUCUGUCUCUUCGUUAUGUCGUCCGUCGAAGAAGGUGAUCGCGCUGCUGUUGAUCAGCCUGCAGAGGAGCCUAAGCCAGUGACCAAGGAGAAGAAGCCUAAGGUUCCAAAGGAGAAGAAGCCCAAGCAGGCGAAAACGGUUUCUCAUCCGCCAUAUUUUCAGAUGAUUGAGGAAGCUUUACUGGCUCUGAACGAGAAGGGCGGCUCCAGCCCUUACGCCAUAGCCAAGUACAUGGAGGAGAAGCAUAAGUCGGUUCUCCCAGCGAAUUUCAGGAAGAUCUUGGCUCUUCAGCUGAAGAACCAAGCUGCGAGAGGAAAGCUCAUCAAGAUCAAGGCUUCCUACAAGCUAUCCUCUGAGUCUGUUAAGAAGGGCAGGGACACCACCCGGAGGGUCACAAGGUCGGCCACAGCUCAGCGCUCUAAGCGAAGCGCGUCUAAGAAAACAGAGACAGGUAAGAAGGUUAGGAAGGGAGCGAGGAAAGUGGUUGGGGUGCAGAAGAUGAAGAAAUCAUCCACGUCUGCGAAGCCGAAGCAGCCUAAGUCUCUAGAUCUUCAUCCAAGAGGACCAGAAAAGUUACUGCGUCAGCUUCAUGAAAGUCGCUAUAGUCUGAAUGGAAACAAGGCCUUUUAGCGUAGAGCGACCCUGUAAAAUUUGUGAAUAUAAUAAGCUUUUUGUGCGGAGGGUAGGAGAAACUGCUGUGGUCUAGCCUGAAAUAGAACUUCCUUCUUAAGUUUUAGCAAUGAGCCGGUGUGAUGUUGGAUGUGUAUCAGGUGUAGUCAAUCAAUAAAUAGUAAGUUUAUAUAGAAAUUAGGAAUCAUGUGACCAACAUGGCAUGAUUUCACAGAAUGUGAAUCAUAGAAACCCUAGGUGACCAGAGUAUCUACAUGGAUUGGAACCACUGCAUACA